ACCCCGGGCUGAUCUCUAACUAAACGAGCCUGGUUUUUUGUCAGGCGAAUCAUAACAGAGAGAAAGAGAGAGAGAGAGAGAGAGAGAAAAAAAAGACAAAAACAAAAUGGCCUCUUAUACUUAUGACAACGAGGCCUAUUCUGGUGGAGGGAGUCGAACCGGCAUGGACAGCGCCCCCAAGAGAAUCAAAAAGAAGCUGUCUUGCUGUGAGAUAACCCUGAUAGUCCUUGGUAGCCUCUCUGCUGUCAUGGGUAUCGUUAUGGUAUCUGGAGGGUACCAGGCCAUGUUCGACGCUAUUAUGAAAUCGCAAAUGGCGGUUGCAGAGGGCUCAGCAUCUUACGACAUGUGGCGAGUACCUCCUAUGCCUCUCUACUUGCAAGUCUAUUUCUUCAACAUCAGCAAUCCCGAUGAGUUUGUCAAGGGUGCAAAGCCUAUAUUGCAAGAAGUGGGGCCUUUUUGCUACAGAGAAUACCACGAGAAGAAGGAGAUUGUCUUCCACCCCAACAACACGGUGACUUUCUUCCAGCAAAGAUGGUGGAUUUGGGAUGCGGAGAUGUCUGGCAAUCAUACGGUUGAUGAUAUCAUUGUUGGUUUAAAUACCAUCCCUGUGUCGGCAGCUUGGAGCGUCAGGAAGUUCAACCCCGCCCUCAACAACCUCAACAAGAUGAUCAACGACCUUGGGGAAGAGCUCAUUGUGGCGGUGCCGGCCGGGGAGCUCCUCUUCGACGGAUAUGCGGACCCCAUCCUAGACUGGGUGCAGGACAACGUGAUGAACGAGACCGGGCCCUAUCAUCCUAUUCUCCCAAUCCUUCCUAUUCCUCCGGGGAUUAAGGAUUACGACAGAUUCGGAUGGUUCUAUGGCCGGAACUUGUCUCUGUCUUACGAUGGGCAGUUUAACAUGAUGACAGGCGAAGACACUCUCGAUAAUUUAGGUGCCAUCGACUGGUGGAAUAAAACCCGUGAGACCCAGUUUUUCGACUACCCUUGCAACGUCGUGGAGGGUUCUGCCGGCGAGAUGUGGCCGCCCAACCUGCAGAAGGACUUCGUGCAGUUCUACAGCUCGGAUCUGUGCAUGACCAUGAAGCUGCACUACAAGGAGGAGAUCGAGGAUUCCCACGGUAUUUCGGGCUACAGGUACUGGGGCAGCAACCUCACCUUCGCGAACGGGAGCGUCGUGGCCGGGAACGAGUGCUAUUGCGUCAAGGGAACGUGCGCGCCGACUGGCCUCCUGAGCGGCGAGUCCUGCCGCAUGGGCUCCCCCUCCUACAUCUCCUUCCCGCACUUCCUCAACGCCGACCCCUACCUCCUGGACACCGUGGAAGGACUCGACCCGCAGGAAGACAAACACGCCUUCGUUAUGGAUAUGAUUCCGGAGCUGGGGACGCCCAUGUGGGUGGCGGCGAGGAUGCAGAUCAACAUGCUGGUUCGUCCUUAUCCUGGGAACGCCCUUGGACGCGGCAAGAUCGACAUCUUAAGUGAAGUCCCCGAAGUGUACAUGCUCUUCAUGUGGUUCGAAGUGGCAGCCGGAGUCCCAGAGGAGAUGGUCGGCCAACUGCAGACGCUUCUCUUCAUGAUGAGGUCUCCCACCAUGACGAUCAUAUGGUCGGUGAUGAUCGCCGUCGGGAGCCUCUUGGUGGUCGGUGUUCUGACGCGGCACUUCAUGAAGAGGAGGAAGACUUUGGUGUGAUGUGUGU